AUGGCAGUGUCUCCUAAGGCUAUGCACGAUAGCGGCUAUUGCGGGUUGCGGGGUGGCACCGUUGAGAGAAGGGACCAGAUGUCGACUCGUAGACGCGAUCGCAGGCGAGGUAGAGGUAGGACAAGCAGCGUUACUCCUGCUCCUAUAGAGACUGAUCCAGCGAUAGCCGAGGCAUUGGGUAAUCAGAUAAAUCAGGGUAAUCAUGGGAACAAUAAUGAUAAAGAUAGUCCAAUGACACUUGCUACAUUUCUGAAAGUUCAUCCUCCGACCUUCAGGGGAACCUCAAAUCCCACUGAUGCAGAUAAUUGGAUUCAGGCUAUGGAAAGGGCGUUACAGGCACAACAGGUUCCUGAAGAGCAAUGGGUUGAAUUUGCAACUUAUCAAUUGCAAGGUGAAGCUCAGUAUUGGUGGCAGGGAACCCGACGUAUCCUGCAGCUUGAUGGUGUUGCGAUUUCUUGGGAAGUUUUCCGGACAGAGUUCUAUAAGAAAUACUUUCCUAAUUCAGCUAGAAAUGCCAAGGAACUUGAAUUAAUGCAGUUAAAGCAGGGGCAGAUGACUGUUGUUGAGUAUACUAGCGAAUUUGAGGAGUUAUGUCGCUUUUCUCGUAUCUGUCAAGGAGGUCUUCGGAGUGAUAUUCUGAGCUUCGUUGCCCCAAUGGAGAUCAGGGUAUUUUCUGAAUUGGUGAAUAAGAGUAGGGUGGCUGAGGAUUGUGUGAGGAAGGCGGCAGCAGAGAAAGGGAGUUUGAGGGUGCCUUUUCAGAGGGCCUUCAGAGAGGAAUUUUGCUCCAAGAGGUAG